AUGGCUCCACGGGUGACUCGCCGAACUGUUGCUGAAAUUGAUAGAGAAUUGGAUGAGUUGACUUCUGCUUUAUCUGAUCCAAGGGAGCAGUUGAUCACCUCUGGGGAAAGAACAAGCAGGUUACGUCCACGUGCCUCUCGAGCUGACAAUACAAGUGAUCAUUUGGAUUCAGACGAGGCCAUGGAUGAAAAUAUUCAAAUAAAUGCUGCAGCACACAACACUGAAGGUGCUUAG